AUGGUUGCCGCCAGAAGACACUGGGCGAAACUCAGACUACCACCAAAGUUCUUGGCCACCUUGCCCGUAUUUCUUCCGCCAGUAUCCAAGACACAGCUCAAGAAGCUAGCACAGGCAGAAAGGCGAGCGGCGGCGGCGGCGGCAGCAGCAGCAGCCUCGGGAAUACCCGCCAACUCGCAAAAGUCAUCGCCAACACCUGAAGUCAGCUCUGGUCAUGCUAUGGGCCAUGCUUUCAACAGCAGCAGCGGAGGGGUUCCAGUUUCGGGAGGAGUGAGCCAGUACAAAAUCAACGCGGGACUAAAAGAAUCGUCGACUUCGGGGUUGACGAUGAACAACGUCAACAGCUUAUACUCGCUAGAUAAAUCGGGCAAGCCAUGCAGGCGAUGGGUCAAAAGACCGCGCCUGUUCAAGACUUUUACUGGGUUCAAGAUCGACUACAAUCGAUACGAGCCGGAAGCUACAUCCGAUGCCGAGGAAAAGAGCAAUGGGGUCGAGGCUAACGGCGACAAAAUUAACGGCGACGACAUGAUCAGGGAAGAAUCGGUCGACGUUGUCAAGACUGAAGUGGCUGUCUAG